GCACUGCAGCUGUCAGCUAGCUUGCUAGACUGCUGGUUUCACUUCUGACUUGAUUCUCAGUUUGUCCUGAGCUAGCCUUCUGGGUAAGAGGGCUCCCGCAUCAGUCUGAUACAUGACAAACUUGAAAGGGGAAGAGGAAUAUAUCUCCGUUUUUCUUGGAACCUCGAGCGACCAUAUGACUUUCAAAAUACCAAAACUCCGGACCUUUGGGAUUUAUUGGAGCUAGCUUCUAGUUCAUCAGCUAGCAAUUUACGCGAAAAGGAUGUUGAAACGACUACGGAACAGUGAAGUCUGCGCCGAUUGCAGCGUUUCUGAUCCUCGUUGGGCUUCGGUAAACAGGGGAGUGUUAGUAUGUGAUGAAUGCUGCAGUGUUCACCGGAGCCUAGGGAGGCACAGCUCACAAGUCAGACACCUGACACACACGCCAUGGCCCCCUACUCAGUUACAGAUGGUGCAGACACUGUACAACAACGGGGCCAACUCCAUCUGGGAGCACACUCUGCUGGACCCAGCCUCUGUCAUGAGCGGGAAGAGGAAGGCUAACCCGCAGGACAAAGUCCACCCGAACAAGGCCGAUUUCAUCAGGGCUAAAUAUCAGAUGCUGGCGUUCGUCCACCGGAUGCCCUGUAGAGACGAUGACAGCUGCACAGCCAAGGACUUGAGCAAGCAACUGCACUCAAGCGUGCGCACUGGGAAUCUGGAGACCUGCCUGCGGUUGCUGUCACUGGGAGCGCAGGCCAACUUUUUCCACCCGGAGAAAGGCAACACGCCCUUGCAUGUAGCAGCCAAAGCCGGGCAGGUGUCUCAGGCGGAGCUGCUCACGGUGUACGGGGCUGACCCGGGCGCACCUGACACCAGCGGCUACACACCCAUCGACUAUGCAAGGCAAGCUGGACACCAUGACCUAGCGGACCGCUUGGUGGAGAUCCAGUAUGAGCUCACGGACAGACUGGCCUUCUACCUAUGUGGCAGGAAGCCAGAUCACAAGAACGGUGAACACUUUGUCAUACCUCAGCUGGCCGACAGGAACAUUAGUGUAGAUUUGUCAGAGUUGGCAAAAGCGGCCAAGAAGAAACUUCAGUCGCUCAGUAAUCAUCUGUUUGAGGAGCUGGCGAUGGAUGUGUAUGACGAAGUGGACCGUCGUGAAACAGAUGCCGUUUGGCUUGCGACCCAGAACCACAGCACCUUGGUAACGGAGACAACAGUCGUGCCUUUCCUUCCUGUCAACCCCGAGUACUCAUCGACGCGAAACCAGGGACGGCAGAAACUGGCCCGGUUCAACGCACACGAGUUUGCCACUCUCGUCAUCGACAUACUGAGCGAUGCCAAGCGCAGGCAACUGGGGAAUUCAGUCACAAGCCCGCGAGUCGAUAAUGUGGAACUCAUCCUCAAGAGUGUGGGCAGUUGUCCAGUGGACGACCGGCAGGAUAACGACCAGCCGGACUACGACAGCGUGGCCUCCGACGAGGACGGGGAUCUGGACCCAGCCUCAGGGAAGACCGAUCGGGCGAAGAGUCUAGACUCGGACCUGUCAGACAGCCCCGUGUCCGUCCAGGAGUUCCAGGAGGUGAAGAACGCGCUGGCCGCCUCCGAGGCCAAGAUCCAGCAGCUGCUGAAGGUCAACAGCAACCUGAGCGACGAGCUGCGCCACAUGCAGAAAAAGACCACCAAGCAGACCAGCAUACCUGACGGUGACUAUGACAACACAGUCAAUGAUGCUGAGCUGGAGGAUAGUGGGGCUGCCAGGAGGGGCAGGCUGAGGAGCAGUGGCUGGCUGGGGGAGACGGGCUCCAUGGCGGACCUGGACGACCCGGAGGCCGAGAGCGAUGGCAGCCUGCCCAGCACCGAGGACGUCAUCCGCAAGACCGAGCAGAUCACCAAGAACAUCCAGGAGCUGCUGCGCGCGGCCCAGGAGAACAAGCACGACAGGACCUCUGAGCGGGAGUGCGUGCGUGGGCUCAGGCACAGCCUGGGCUGCUUCAGCACGCUGGUCCCCUGGGCCGAGAAGGCCCCUGCGUCCUCCCCGAGGCCCCUGGGCCUGCAGACCCCCAGCCCUGCCUCCUGCUUUGUACCCUGCUCAGAAAGAAUACAUGUGGCUGUGAGUGAGAUGGCGGCUCUUUUCCCCAAGAAGCCGCGUUCGGACACGGUGCGAGGUGCCCUGCGUCUGCUGACCUCCAGUGCCCAGCGGCUGCAGAGUGAGUGCCGUAAGGCAGCGCCUCUGCCCGAGAGUGGACCGGGCCAGACGCUGGGGCCCGACAUGCAGCUGGUGACUCAGCAGGUCAUCCAGUGCGCCUAUGACAUCGCCAAGGCUGCCAAGCAACUUGUGACCAUAACAACCAAAGAGAACAACAACUGAAUUUCCCAUCAGCACCCCAAGCAAAUUCCCCUCCUUUGGCAGCGUCGGACCACACCCUUCAGCCGCGAGGCGUAGCCAGCACCUUAUAGCUCCCUGCCCCUCAGACUCAUCUCCCAGUGGAUUUGAUCUGUUCAUCAUGUCUGCUUGUUUGUUUGUUUUCUUACAAAUACAGUAUCCUUGUUUGUUUUGUAUUUUGUAUAACUAUUUGAAGCAUAUGCAUGAUGCUAUUGUGUUUUGUUUGUUUGUUUUUUUACUUUGAAAUUAUUGUGAAUAUAAUAUAUUCAUGUAUAGGAAAACAAUUCCUGGCGGAUUCCUUGCCUCUAAGCCAUAGGGCAAGGACUGCUUUGCCCUUGCAGUGCGCUGAAACUGAAGGAUUCAGUUAUGAGGCAGAGUAUGUUGGAGAAUGGAAAUGAUACAGGAUGUAUCAUUAAGUGGUGGGGCAGUUUGCAUGGUCUCAUAAGAUUCAAAAACAGGUUGUCAGAAAGUAAGACACCCUAACCUUUUGCACUAAAUGAUAUAGAUAAGUCGUACAGAAAGCUAUGAUGCAGUGUUUAGGUAAGGGUAUAAUUAUAUAUCACUCAGGCCAUAAAACUAAAGUGAAACAACUAGCCAACUUGAAAGAUAAAUUGUUUGAAAAAUGUUGAAAUUAUUAUCUACAUGUUGUCAGAUGUAAACAAAACAGAAAAGUAGUUCUGCUACAGUAUCUCUCUCACUGUUAACUGUGAGAAAGCCUCAGUGUUGUAACGUUUCAAUUCAUUAAGUCUUCUUGGAAUUCCACAUCAGAUCAUGAUCCAUGACACUUUCCGGGAAGUUUCAAAAGGAAAAUGUUGGAGGCGACCUGCCCUCCUGCAGAAUGACAUGCAAAGCUUACAGUAUAUACCUCAUCUAGCCCUAUGCGCCAUAUAGCAGUGGUUUGCAUCCCUCCAGUAGUACUUAAAGAAUGUAGUUCAGAUGCUAUUUAAUGAUAGUGGUUCCCUUGAUGUGAUAGUAACCUUUUUUUAUAUCAGGUUUGUGAACAUUGUUAUUACUGCCAACAUAUGUUAGACUAGGGAAGGAACGGAAGAUGGGCCAUUCUUGUUUUCAUUUUCCAUUGUCCUACAACUUUGAGAAAGCAGUCUGAACCUUGUACAAAUAUCAACUCCCAUUCAAAGGCACUUAUAGCAGAGAAUAAUAUAUCAAAAUAAAAACAUUCGUGCAGGGACUAUCUAGCCGUCACUCCUACCAGCAAAUACAGUGUGCUUCUACCGAGUAGUAGUCCUUGUUAGGUUUUUAUAAAUGUAUUUUUCUUUUUUAAAAGAAGAUGCCAACCUAAGGCUCUCUGUUGUGCUAGUACUCUGUCCUGCUUGCCUCUUAUUCAGUAAUGGUGCCUAGCUCAUAAAAUCCCCAUCCAUGUUAGUUUAAAUAGUUUAAAUGUGAUAUUACAGUGUGCAGAGAGGAUGGCUUAAGAUGGGGAUGCCUGGCUUGUGGGCAGUUACUGCGGAUGUGUCCAGAUGAAACCAUGUUCAUUAGUUACAUUUUAAUGGUACUACAAGUUGUUUAUGCAACAGCUGGAAAAUGGACUAUUUUGAGAGUUAGUUAUCCUAUGAGUUAUAGGAAUGGCCAUGAUGGCAAAUUGAUGGGAAGUUAUACAUUUUUACACAUUGUCUCUUGAGACCCGUGCUAUCCUGCCUUUGGUCUUCACAAAGGGAUCAUGUAAAUGCAGGUAUCUGCAGAACAAACAAGAACACCUGCCUUUUAUUUUUCAAAUAAACUUAAUUUAUAACUGUA